AUGGGAGGCCACAACAGCAACGGAGACGAGCAAAAGGUCGAGAAAGGAUAUGCCACUCUCGCGACUCUCAGGGUCGGAGUCAGAGCAUGGGUCGACAAGGACGAUGAGAAGCGCAAGGCCGAGAUUCUCUCGAUCCAAACGCGAAGAGGGAAACCUACCUUUUAUGUGCAUUAUCAGGACUUCAACAAACGAUUGGACGAAUGGGUUGCAGCAGAGCGCAUCGAUCUAUCAAGAGAGGUCGAAUGGCCUCUUCCCGAGAAGGCCGAUACAAAGCAGAAAAAGACCACAAGUAAGACAGCAGCGAAAGCCGAACCUUCGAAAGCAAACAAAGCACCAAAGCGAUCGCGAGCAUCGAGUGUCAGGGAGCCUUCUGCAACGCCCACCGACGCUUCCCAAUCAUCGAGAGCGGGCACUCGUCGGCCGUCACUAGCAGGAAAAGAUCACGGAUCGCCUUCUGUAGCUGUCCUCGCACCCGAACUUAUUGAUGGGACCCCGCAGCCAGAUGGAGAGGUCGACGAUGACACGGUAGAUCUUAUCGACGUGCAGAACGCUGCCGCGGCUGCAAAGGCUAUCCCAGAACAUCUGUACUCACGCGAAGAGGAGAUUGAGAAGCUACGUACUGGUGGUUCCAUGACGCAGAACCAAACAGAAAUCAGUAGAGUCAGAAAUCUGGAGAAGAUACAGAUGGGAGCGCAUGAGAUCGAGCCCUGGUAUUUCUCGCCGUACCCCGUUGAAUACUCUGACUGCGAGCUGGUCUACAUCUGCGAGAUGUGCCUCCUUUACUUUGGCAACGAGAGGCAAUUCAAGCGACACAGGAGCAAGUGUACUCUGUUGCACCCUCCUGGUAACGAGAUAUAUCGUGAUGAGAUGGUCAGCUUCUUCGAAAUCGACGGAAGGAGACAAAGAACUUGGUGCAGAAACCUGUGUCUUCUGAGUAAGCUCUUCCUGGACCACAAGACACUCUACUACGACGUGGACCCUUUCCUGUUCUAUUGCAUGACGACUCGCGAUCAACACGGUCACCAUCUGGUCGGAUAUUUCUCCAAGGAGAAAGAAAGUGCCGAAGGCUACAAUGUUGCAUGUAUCCUGACUCUACCGCAAUAUCAGCGCAAGGGAUACGGUCGACUACUCAUUGCAUUCAGUUACGAACUCAGCAAACGCGAAGGCAAGUUGGGAAGCCCUGAGAAACCACUCAGUGAUCUUGGACUUCUGGGCUACCGUGCGUUCUGGCAAGAGAUUAUCGUCGAGUUUUUGAUGGAGAGCAAGGGUGAAAUGAGCGUCGAGGACAUUGGAGCACAGACUGCCAUGACGACCAACGACGUGCUGCAUACGUUGCAAAAUUUGAACAUGUUGCGUUAUUCUAAAAACCACCAUGUUAUUGUCCUCACAGAAGCCAUCCUCAAACAAAGAGAGCGACAAAAAGAAAAGGAGAAGAUCAAAGGCAAACAUCAGAUCGACGCAGAGAAGCUGCAAUGGAAACCGCCGGUCUUCACGGCAGCAAGCAGGACUUGGAACUGGUAA